AUGCGGACUUCCCAGUGGAUCUGGAUCACAGCCGCAUUCCUCCCAAUCGCCCAUACAACCCCCACAGAACCCUUUACACCAGCGACAAACGCCCAAACGAACAAAAGAGCCUUUGAAGUCCUCCGCCUCCUCCGCCGAGCAGACGACAACAACUGCCCCUCGGGCUACAAUCCCUGCACAGAUCUGGGCAACUCAGACGCAUGCUGUAGACAAGGGACGAACUGCUCCAAGGAUGCCGCCAACAACAUCGCCUGCUGCGCGACCGGCGCAAGCUGCACAGGCAGCCUAACGGGGGCAACGACUGCCACGACCGCAACGACAGGCACCGGGACGAGCUUCAUGUUUCCGCAGACGGCAUCGGCGACCGCAACAAGCGAGGACUCCACGUCGACGGGCUCGACGAUUGAUGGCGCUUAUCCGUUUAUCGCGGUGCCGACGGCGUUUAACAAUCCCCAGUCGUGCUCGAGUUACUAUUCUGUCUGUCAGUCCGAGUAUACGCAGUGUACCGGGGCAUUGAUGGGACGGUAUGCUGUUACGAUUGAUGCGAAUGGGGCGGGGAAGACGGUUCAGGCUGUGACCGCUGCGUCGCAGGCGACUUCUAUUUGUUCCAGUCUGAGUGUUGAGGCUUGCCAUGGGAUUAAUCUCGAUUACUGUGGUUCGGUCGCUACGCAGACUGGGGGUUCUGGGUCGGAUGCUAGCGGUAAUGCGGCCUCUGGGAGGACUUCUAGUCUUCAGGAUCUUGUCUUCGGGCUUGCUGUUGGGUUUGCGGGUAUGUUUAUAUGA